UUAACGCGGGCUCCGAGGAAGGAACUCCCUCCUCCUCUCCUCUCCUCUCUUCUCCCGAAGCCAAGGGAAGGGAGGAGCCGCGGGGCGAGGGCUUUUGGGUUUCCCCUCUGCCCUUCCAGCUGCGGCCUCUCUCUCUCUCUCUCCUCUCUCUCUCUCUCCCUCUUUCGCGUCACAAUUGGAGUGGCAAUCGCGCCGCCGGCGCCGCCGGCGAGGCUCCCCGUCUGGCUUGGCCGCGGGAGGGGCCCCACAAACAGCUGUUGCUGCUCCUGCUGCUGAGAAGAUGGCGAGGCGCGGAGGCGUCCUCUUCCUCCUCCCCGCCUUGCUCCUCGGGCUGCUCGGCUGUCACUUGGGCUACUACAAAGCCUAUGGAAUCACCGUAGAAACAGACAACAAACUUGUUAAAGCAAGAGAAUUUGAGGGAGCAUAUUUAAAUUGUAAGCACAAUGCAAAAAAGCAAAGUGAUACAAGGGUUGAAUGGAAGAAAAUUUCAGGAAAAGAUGUUUCAUUUGUAUACUUUCAGGGUUCAUUUAUAGGUAAUUUCAAAGGUCGAGCUGAAAUUAGGCAUUCAAGCAUUCAGAUUAAAAAUGUGACUAGAAAAGAUUCUGGGAAAUACCGUUGUGAAAUAAGCACACCUUCAGAACAUGGACAAGAAGCAGGAGAAACUGAAAUCACUCUCUUAGUUUUGGUUCCAUCAGCUGUUCCUGUUUGUGAAGUGCCCAUCUCAGCUAUGAGUGGGACAGUAGUGGAACUACGCUGUAAAGAAAAUGAAGGUGUUCCUGCUUCAAAGUACAGAUGGUAUAGGAACAGUUUCCCUCUGUCAGAGAGCCUCACGCUGGGAAAUGUGAAAAAAGACAGAUUGCCGUAUACUAUGAACACUACGUCUGGAACUCUGCUCUUCAACCACAUUUCAAAAAAUGACACUGGAGAAUAUUACUGUGAAGCUCACAAUGAAAUUGGACAGCCCCAGAAGUGUUCUGUAAAGCGAAUGCAAGUUGAUGACCUUAAUGUAAGUGGCAUCAUUGCUGCUGUGGUCAUUGUGGCUCUCAUAAUAGCUUCCUGUGGUCUUGGUGUAUAUUAUGCACAAAAGAAGGGUUAUUUUUCAAAAAAAAAUUCUUCAAGCAGGAACAGCUCUAAAUACAAACCUGGAGAAAAUGAAAAGGAUUUCAAGCACACAAAAUCCUUCGUUAUUUGAAAGAAAUCCAAUUAUCUGGCGAUCACCAAAUGUUCAGCUGCUGCACAGAACAUCUCAACUCCAUUCUGUAAAUGAGAAGAGUGGUGAAUACAGAAAGCCAUUGGCAAUUAUGACGCUACUGUUAAGUGGACAGAAGAUUGGCGAAAGUUGUUAGUUUAUUUGACAGUGCUUUUUUCACUGGAAGAUAUGUGCACAAACAUAUAAAAGGCUUUCUGCUGGACAAUGUACCCACAAAAGUGUUAAACUAGGAAAAAUAAAUAAUGAAAUGUAGUUCUGGUCGCUACAUUUCGACCAAUUACUAAGGCAUCAACAAAAGUGUAAAAAAGUGCUGGAUGAAUUUUUUUCCUAUAACACAAGUAUACAGACAAAAGUAAGCAGUUUGUUUUUGCCACAAGAUGUAGCAAUAUCCACUAAUUCAUCAUGCUGCUGUGAAUGGAAAUUGAAGAAAUCCAUGGAGGAUAACACUGAUAGUCACUGGUUUAAAAGCAGAGCAUUUUUAGUGUUGCUGGAAAACAGUGGCAGGCAGUUGACCACUGAGAAACAGGAUACUAGUCUAUACAGACUUACUGUUUGACCUGCUAAAAUUCGUGUUUUCAAGAAGCCAGCUGUCUGGGUGGCAAGCACAUCUCUGACCAUCUAAUCCCAUCAGCUAUCUGUUAUUCUCCCAGAUCUGAUUAACCUUGGACACUGUUAGUGCAGGUUUUUUUUCAUUCCCCUACUGAAGGGGAAACACCAAAUCUGUUCAUGCCAUUAGUAAAGGAGGCUAAUGAUGCCAACAUACCUUUUCCGGUAAGGAACUGAAGUGCAGUAAGCCAUCUAUUUAAUAGGAGUAACUCUGCAAAUCACCAUUGGCUCAACACCUGAAUUUGGUCUUCAGGGUGUUUGCAUUUGGGAGAAGGGGUUUGUUCUUUUCCCACAACAGUCAGAACCAUACAGGCUGACAAACAUGAGUGGAUGCCUGUCCUUAAUGAGAUAGCUAAGUAGAUUUAAUUUUUUUAAUAUUCUGGGGCAUUAUGGAUAUUCUGUUUGCAAGAUGGGUUAGAAAAGCAUUACUUACAGCAUUUUUUCCCCUGUAAGUGCCUUUACCCCUUCAUACCUUAUAAUCACUAACAGAAUUACAGAGUUAAGUUUUCUGAAGUGUAGUGUUUUUUAUUACUUCAUUUUUUUCACUCUUGUCAACACCACUGAGUGGUUUUAAAAAGAACAAGCUCAAAGAUAUUAUAAAUAAACUAUUUUUUGUGUUUGGUGAUUGCAA